AUGUCUUUUCUUACUACUAUGAAUGAAAUAAAUGAAGUUCCUUUCUUUGAUAUCCAGCUGCCUUAUGAACUGGCACUGAAGAUAUUUCAGUACCUGAGCAAGACUGAAUUGGGAAGGUGUGCUCAAGUCAGCAGGACAUGGAAGGUGCUUGCAGAAGAUGAGGUGCUGUGGUACCGGCUGUGCCAACGGGAAGGAUACCUACUGGAUACCAGCAUCUCGGGUCACUCCUGCUGGAAGCUGGCCCUCAAGGACUGCCGUGCCAGGGAGCACACUUUGAAAACCAACUGGAAGAACCGCGUGGGUGCCGUGAGCCAGCUGCGGUAUGAGCUGGGCAAAGUCCUCUCCGAUGUGCAUUCCUGUGAUGGAGUUGUUAUUGCUGGAUACACAUCAGGAGAAGUGAGGCUGUGGGACACUCGCACCUGGGACUACACAGCCCCCAUCCUGGAACCAGUGCACGGUCCUGGUGAUGCUGGACCUCAGCCACAUGUCUCCUUUGUGAGGAUAAACAGCUCUCUGGCUGUAGCAGCUUAUGAGGAUGGAUCCAUCAGUGUGUGGAGCCUGAUGUUUGGGAGGGAGCCAAUCCAUCAUUACCAGCACAACCAGAGGAUCCAGGCCUUGGCUCUUGCUUCCGAGGGCGCGAUGGUAGCAACGGCGUCUGGCUUCGAGGUCAAGGUGGAAAGCCCUGAUGACAGAGGAUUCUGGCAAACUACAGGAACAUUUGAAAUCCAGAAAUUGGUCAACUUCCUUAAUCUGGUUCCAGAUGUUAUGGGGAGCCCAGUGACAGUAGCAGCUGCAGAAGACAUUGUCUAUCUCCUGAAAGCAGAAGAUCCUGGCAAAGUCCUCCAUUCUGUCUAUGGUCAGCCUGUCACAUGUCUUGAUGUGUCUGCUCACGAAGCAGCCUUUGGAGUCAAAACCUUUGGCUGGUUAUUGAAUGAGCCCAACCAGAUUCUUCUUUACAACCUGGAAACAAGUCAGUGUCUGAAGAAGAUGGGCAACUCCAUAGGUGACUUUACGUGUGUCAACCUCCAGAACAGCCCUCCAAACAUGCUUGUGGCAGGCAACAAAGACAGAAGGGUCCGAGUGUUCGACCUCCGCCAGAGAGAAUCCCUGUGCUCCCUCUAUGCCCACCAGUUAGGAGUGUCUGCAGUCCAGAUGGAUGACUGGAAGAUUGUCAGUGGAGGAGAAGAGGGCUUGGUGUGUGUGUGGGACCAACGGAUGGGCACCAAACUCUGGGAGAUGCACUCCAGACAUCCCGUCCGUCACCUGUGGUUUAAUUCUCACAGUCUUAUCACUGCAAAUGUCCCUGAGGAGAAGAGUCCCCGAGGUGCCACCAUCCUGGACGAUGACCUCGCCGUGCACCGCAAGUAUCGAGGAGUGAUUUACGCCUACGAGUUCUCGGUGGAGCAGCUGCCCCUGGAGAGCGUCCUCCCCAUCUGCCGCUCCUCCUACGACGAGCUGACUGGUUACAACUACAACAUUGGCCUUGCAGUUCCCUAUGACAGCAUCUAG